GCGGCGGCGGAAGCGCGGGCCGCAUGACCCAAGUCUCCGAGCGCGUUGUCGGACGUCGGAGCUAUCCCCGGUCCUUGCAAGCCCUGGGUCCCUGCUUGCACAACGGGACUACCGGAUCCCCGCCAGCCUCAUGGCGCUGCAGUCGCUGCAGAGCUCGGGAGUGGGCCUGCGCAGGAUCUUGUCUCACUUUCCCGAGGAGCUGAGCCUGGCUUUCGCCUAUGGCUCUGCGGUGUACCGCCAGGCGGGGCCCAAUGCACACCAGGAGAAUCCCAUGCUAGACCUUGUGUUUGCAGUAGAUGACCCGGUUGCAUGGCACACAGAGAAUCUAAAGAAGAAUUGGGGCCACUACUCUUUUCUGAAACUGUUGGGGCCCAAGAUGAUCACAUCUAUCCAGAAUAACUAUGGUGCUGGAGUCUACUUCAACCCCUUGAUCUUGUGUGAUGGGAAGCUUAUCAAAUAUGGGGUUAUCAGCACGAGUGUACUCAUUGACGAUCUCCUCAACUGGAAGAACUUGUACAUUGCUGGACGCCUGCAGAAGCCGGUGAAAAUUGUAGCAAUGAAUGAGAACCCGGCUCUUCGAUCUGCCCUGGAUAGAAACCUAAAGAGCGCUGUGACUGCCGCCUUCCUCAUGCUCCCUGAGAGCCUCUCUGAAGAAGACCUCUUCCUCGAGAUUGCAGGGCUCUCCUACUCAGGUGACUUUCGAAUGGUGAUUGGAGAGGAAAAGACAAAAGUGUUAAACAUCGUGAAGCCCAAUGUAGAGCACUUCCGUGAACUCUAUGGUACUAUACUACAGGAGAACCCCCAAGCAUUCUAUAAAACCCAGCAAGGCCGACUGGAGAUAGAUAAAAGCCCAGAAGGACAAUUCACUCAGCUAAUGACAUUGCCCAAAACCUUACAGCAACAAAUAAACCACAUCAUGGACCCUCCUGGGAAAAACAGAGACGUGGAAGAAACUCUGCUACAAGUUGCUCAUGAUCCUGACUGUGGGGAUGUGGUGCGGCUAGGGCUCUCAGCAAUCGUCAGGCUUUCUAGCAUCCGACAGAGCACCAAAGGCAUUUUUACUGCUGGUAUGAAGAAAUCAGUGGUUUAUAGUGCUCGAAAACUACACAAAAUGUGGAGAGGAUGGCUGAGGAAAGCACCCUGACUUUGCCUGUUUUUGUUAUGUAUAGAUUCAUAAUAAAGUGCUUGAUCCUUUUUGA